AUGCAACGUGAAAUCGACGAGUUGAAGAGGGAGUUGCGUCAUGCUCGGCGAAGACGUUCACCGCCCAGCUUCGAACCGUCCUUUGAGGAGACAGAUGGCGCUAGUUAUAGACAAAGAUCUAGGAUUCUGCCCAGCGAGACCUUUUCCUAUGAAGAGGAGCACCACCAUAGACGUAGGCAGAAAAGCCCGCCUUGCAAAGGCUUGGGGAAUGAUGCCAUGAACAAGGCGCUGAGUCAAGUUUCUAAAUCACCUUUCACACGGAACAUAGAAGAUGCGAGCCUUGCUCAGCGAUUUCAUCAACCCCCAUUCACCAUUUAUAAUGGUUGGACAGACCCAGUAGAACACGUUAGCCAUUUCAGUGAAAGGAUGGCUGUUCAUUCCAAAGAUGAGGUCUUGAUGUGUAAGGUCUUUCCAUCUAGCUUAGGCCCGGUGGCGAUGAGGUGGUUCAACGGUCUGAGGGCGAACUCUAUCAACUCCUUCAAGAAACUCACCCGAGCUUUUGGUGCUUGCUUUAUUACUUGCAGCAGGGUUCCUUGGCCUCUGGAAUCCUUAUUGUCUAUGUCCAUGCGGGAGGGUGAGACCCUGAAGGCAUAUUCGGAUAGAUAUUGGGAGAUGUUUAAUGAAAUAGAAGGAAAGUAUGAUGAUGUGGCCAAUAGCACUUUCAAGGUUGGUUUUCCAGCCGAGCAUGAUUUGAGAAAAUCUCUAACUGGUAAACCUAUUACUAGCAUACGCCAAUUGAUGGAUCAGAUUGACAAGUAUGGAAGAGUCGAAGAAGACCAACUGCAAGGGAUAGGGAAGGCUAAGGUGAUCCCUCAGGAGAGGAGGGAUUUCAGGUUGAACCGGUACAACAAUAACCGACCUUGGAAAGACUUUAUUGGGCAGUUAGGGUUUGCCAACUCCCAGGCGGUUAAUGCUGUGUUUCGUGAGCCAGUGCAACAAGUACUAGAAAAGAUUAAGAAUGAGCCGUUCUUUAAAUGGCCAAAUGAGAUGGCAAGAGAUCCUAUGAGACGCAAUCAAAACCUUUAUUGCCACUAUCAUUAA